AUGCCUGACACUAUUGAUUUGACUGGCUCAUCACCACCUAUGCCACGUCAUACAAGAAGUUCAACUCGUGCGCUCUCUUCAACCACGGCAUCCUCAAGAAAGGAUCAGACAACAGACACUUCGUCUCACAAACCAAAUAUAGAAACUAUAUCAUCUUUAUCUAGCCUUGGCCCCUCAGAAGAACACUACUAUGCCCUCAUCUCUAAACGCAAAUGGCUGAACUCUCACACCAUCCCUAUUCCCCCAGAUGCCUUCCGAACUUUCAUCUCAAGCCCAAAGGGAUAUCAUACACUAGACGCAAUAUUUGUCUUUGCUCAGUCAGAGGCUGGGACUGCAGUCUGCAUCUCGCCCGAUGGCAUCCUCCUCACCUGUGCACACUGCGUUGCAGAAGAGCCCUCUGAGCUCACAGCUAAUACAUCGUUCGUCCUCUUAUCAUCAACUGGGAAUGUUGUUACUGCGAAAGUGGUAGCUUGGAAUCCAAUACGCGAUCUCGCUUUACUUCAGAUCGACAAAACCGAGCUUUUUCGCCAGCCGUUUCCCUUUGCCCGUAUCGCAACCUCGCCUCCCAAGUUCAACACUAAACUGCUAUGCAUCGGUCAUCCGGGUUCCGAGGACCUCGAGGCUGAACGCAGUGGUGUAAAGACAGAGUAUGACACACUCGUUCUCACCGAAGGGACUUUCCGUGGCCUAGAUAAGGAUCAAGAUCCGCAGGGUAACAGUGAGAUCGGCGCUCUUAAGCAUAGCUGCUGGACGUACUGGGGACAUAGCGGCGCAGGAUUGUUUGAUCGGGAAACGGGGGCAUUGGUAGGCGUGCAUUCGAGCUGGGAUGACGAGACAUGCAUGACGAGGGGAGUGCCAUUGGAAGUGGUGGUUGCCUUUGUUUAA